GCGCCUCUGGCCGUCCAACACAUUUUGACGAGCCUUGAACGAAGAACGACGACUGAUUAUCUCGCUCGUGAUCGAAGUGAUCGGAACCGUCCCACCCCGGCCGUGUAGAGAGAACGCGAAGUAGUGACGCGAUAGUGAGCGCGCGAUAGUAGUGAGUGCGACGAACACAGAGUGAGCGAACGAGAGAGAGGGAAGUCGCGCUCAGUGAGUGAUCGGCAGUGAGUGCCGUCUGCGUGUGUGCGAAAGUGAACCAGUGAAGGAAAACCAUCGCCGUGGUGCUCAGAACCACCGCCACCGCCAGCAGCAUCAUGAAGACCAGUAGCAUCGCCCUGCUCGCGGCCGCCGCCGUGCUGGUGCUGCUCGCGCCCGCCGUCCUGGCCCGCCCCCCGCACAGGCAGAAGCGAGUGUCGGACCAGCGCCUGGGGGAGCUGGAGGCGCUGCUCGCGCUCAAGAAGCUGAGGGGCAAGCUGGUGACCGUGCCCGUGGCCUUCGGACAGAUCAACCCCAAUGACUAUGGUCGGAAACGACGCUCGGCCCCGCACGCCUCGGCUGCGUCCGGCCACGCCUCGCUGCUGGAGAGGCUGCUGGAACAGGCGCAGCAGGACGACCUCCUGAGCGGCCUGGACAUGUACGACGAGCUGCCCGCGGCCCUGGAGGCCGGCCGCCUGGAGGGUCGCCUGGAGCAGGGCCCCGUAGCCGAACCCCUGCACUGGGCCGCGUACGAGCGAGAACGACCGGCGUUCAACCGGCCGGUGACGGAGUGAUGACUCGCCAAGCAAUCUACUCUUCUUCUCGUCCUAUCCUUCUCUCCCCUCCUCUCCCCCUCCCCCGCCCUCUGCCGGAGCGCAGCGCGCCCAGCGGCGCAUUGCAAGGUCACCCUGCUGGACUUCUCAAAGAAUUCAGUGCAAUAACGGACGGGCACCCUGACCCGCGACCGGCACUCGGCCGCUACUCUGCUAGAAAAAGAAAAGAACACAGGUGUGUCGCAACGACCGGAAACCUUCUGCCUGUCUGUAAGGGCUUAACAAGCAGAGAUACAUGAUCCCCCAAAAUAAUAUGUACAGAUGCACCCUGUAAAGUCUUCAAAAUAAUGCUGAAAACGCAUGCUGUAAAUGUAAAAGAAAUCAUCCUCCUUUUUGUUUUUCGUCAUGGGAGGUUCGCUUUGCAGUACUUAUAGUUUGAGGGAUGGACAGGAAGCCAUGACAUAUCUGCCAAGAGAAGAUUGCUUGCUCGGUAUUCCGCCUGUUUGGGUGCCGAGAGUAGGUUUAAAAACGUGACCGCUUCUUCCUACCGUGUCUGUCUGUCGAGGAGCAGAACACAGAGGGGCUUUUGGAGCAAAAGACUGUCGUCUGUAACUCGGUAGUAUUAGACGUAGACAAGGAAGGGAUCGCCUAGUUCAGUUUUUACCUCACCAAAGUCACAAAACUCUCGUUCCUAUAAUUUAUGGUUUGUAACUUAUUGUUUUAUUUAUGUAAGAUAGGUGUCAUUUUUUAUUUUUACUUUUCGCUCGCGGAAUCUCACAUUUCGCUCAUUUUUUUGUUUGUUUGACAUUCAUGGAUGUAUUGUGUUCGUACAAAGUGUAAUUUCUUAAGGUUUCUUAAUGUGAUCAGUAUUAUGUCAUAUUAUUCUUUUUGCAUUCCUUUUCGUCUCAUCGGUAGGCCUAGUUAUGUGAUACACUGCUGCUUAAGUAGCGCGGGAAGGACGCCCUAGCCUAACGUCGGUCUCCUUUUGGAGGGCUUGUGGCCAAAGUACUUAAUUUAUGGUUUUAAGUUCCUAAACAAGAAACCGCUCUUGGUUGGGUCUGUGACUCGACGUCGGUAAUGCAUACAGCUAGAAUAAGCAUUCUCGCAGAAACGAGAUUGUAUUAUUUGACAAGGCUGUUUGAUUAUAAGUUUAUAUUAGGAGCCAGUGAUGUUAAUUUAUUUUACGUUGUAAUCAUUUGAGCAUUGCGAUUGUUUAUGUUCUAAAUUUCACCCAUUAGAUGGUUCAUGUUUUAGUUAUUUAUUUAUUUUCACUCACGUACUAGUUUCAUAGUUCCCAUCGUCUUGUACUGUAUGUGAGGUGAAUACUCGCACACAAACAAUAAAAGAUGAAAUAAUGAUAAUAAUAAUAA